AUGUUGAAAAUCUCCUCGAUUACUUCUCUUACUAACGUCAUAUCUGUUACGUAUUGUAUUACUAUUUCCAUUAUUGGAAACAUUUUCAUUUCAAAUAUUCAUUGUUCCUCAAAGCACAAUGAUGGUGAUAUAAAACUAGUGGAUGGUCCAAGUGAACUAGCUGGUACUGUUCUUGUUUAUCGAACUUAUGGUUGGGGUAAAAUAUGUGAUGAUCAUUGGACAAUGAAAGAGGCGAAUGUUGUCUGUAAACAAUUAGGUAUGGGUUAUGCUCUUGAAGUGUAUAGACGUAACAGAUUCGGAUCAAGUUCACAAAUAAAUUAUUUAAUGGAUGAGGUCCAAUGUACUGGAAGUGAAAAACGUCUUAUCGACUGCAGAUUUAAUGGUUGGGGUGUACAUGACUGUCGUCAAAAUGAAGAAGCUGGUGUAAAAUGCGCUCAGAAAGCGCCAGUAAUAGAUAAACCUCCAUGGAAUCCACUCCGAUUAAAUUUCAGUCGAAAUGAGUUAGAAAAAAUGUCCAAAGUACAAUUUAAUGUGAUAAAUCAACUUUCUGGUUCAAGUCAACAAUCACAGUCGUCAACAUUCCUUCCAGUUGUAAUAAAAACAAAAAAUGGAACAAUAGGAACAGUGUGUCCAGACCACUUUCAUGCAGCUGAAGCAAUUGUAUUUUGUCAUCAAAUGAAUACGGGUCACGGGGGUAGAGUUAUUCCAAUGCCGAUAAAACAGACUGGAAUUGAAGGUGCUACUAAACCAAUUGCUAUAAUUGGAUAUUGUUAUGGAAAUGAAACUAAGUUAAAGGAUUGUAAAAGUUAUAUCGAUUUCAAUGGUGUACCUUGUCAGUCACAAUUAGUAGCAGCUGUUGAGUGUACAGAAAACCUGCCGGAUUUAUUGCCUGAUCGUUACAGUUUAGAAACUUCUGCAUAUAUUCAAAAAAUGAGCCUUUGGUUACUUGAAUGUGCACUUGAAGAAAAUUGUUUACCAGAGAUAGUGUAUAGAAUUAUUGACAACAAUCCUUAUAAUUAUACAUGGAUGACUCGAACUCUAAUGAGAUUUUCAUCUAUUAUUGAAAAUGCCGGAAACGAAGUUUUUCGACCAUUAGAAGAUCCAGAAAACUGGGAAUGGCAUGCCUGUCAUAUGCAUUAUCAUAGUAUGAAGGUAUUUUCACGUUAUGAAGUUGUAGAUACAGAGAAAAGGUUAGUCGCAGUUGGACAUAAAUCAAGCUUCUGUUUGGAAGACAAUUUGUGCAAAUCUGGAAUAGCACCUAAAUUUCGCUGUAGCAAUAUAGUUGACAGCAAAGGAACACAAGGUAUAAGUCCGGGAUGUAAAGACAUGUACUUACAUGACUAUGAUUGUCAAUGGGUUGAUAUUACUGAUAUACCUCCAGGACAAUAUAUCUUUCAGGUUUCAUUCAAUCCUGACUUCUUGGUGCCAGAAUCCAACUUUUUCAAUAACGCAUUAACUUGUCAAAUGACACAUUUGGGAUACAAUGCAGUCUUGAGACAUUGUCAAUUUAUUCAUAUCAAUGAUUUAUUUUGA